AUGGAGCUGGAAACGACGGCCAACGCCUCCUUCGUGGCUUUCGAUGGAGGAGUUCAGCAGCUAAGCGGCGAGGACACGGCGCUGAUCUUGCCCUUCGUGCUCGGCGCCAUCUGCGCGGUCGGAAUCGGCGGGAACGUCUUGCUGCUCGCCGUGCUGACGCACAACGUGAAAGCGACGGGCGCCUCAGACACGGCGGCGAUGCUCGUCAACCUGAGCGCCACGGACCUGCUGCUGCUUGCGCUGUGCGCUCCGGCACGCGCGCUCACGUAUCGCAAACGCGCGUGGACCCUCGGGCCUGUGGCCUGCCGGAUAACCGAGUGGCUACAGCACGGCUGCUUGGCGGCGAAGGCCUUCACGCUGGCGCUCCUGGGCCGCGCGCGCCACGACCUGCACUCCCGCGUGGAGAGCGACGCGCACUUUAAGCUGAAGCGGACCGUGAUGACCGCGGGCGCCGUGUGGACGACGGCGCUCGCCUUUCCCGUCGCUGACAUCGUGUUCUCGAAUCUGCACGUGAAGGGCAACGUGAGCCUGUGCGUGUCCGAGUUGCCCCCUCACUCCUCCGAGUUCGUGCGCGUGUACGGUAAAGUCCUCCCGCUCGCCGCUUACGCCGUUCCCGUCGUCCUUGCCGCCGUCUGCCACGUGCGGGCCAUCUUCAAGAGCCUCCCGAGAGCGCGCGAGGCCAGCGCCGCGCGCCGCGGAGAGAUCGCCCUCUCGCUGCUCAGCGUCACGGCGGCCAACGCGCUCGCGCUACUGCCCGAGUGGGGCGCGUGGGCGUGGGCGCGUCACGGCGCACGCGAGGGCUGCGGGCCGCCCGCCGCCUUGCUCGUGCUCGCGGAGGUGUGUAUGUACCUGGCUAGCGCGCUCUCUCCCGCCAUUCUCCUCAGCACGCUCGUGCCGCUCAGGGAGAGCCUGACGAGCGCAUGCGUCCGCGUGGCGGGUCGGCGCGCUGUGAGCAACGCCAAAACGCAGCGUGGGAGCAGCGCGAGCGAAGUGCACGCGGACGCGUUCGGCCGGACUCUGCCGGAUCUGGAACAUUUCUGGAGCGGACGGCAAAACCCAACAGUGCCGGACAACACUGACCCGUUUCCAUGGGAACGACUGGAUCAGGGAAGCGCUGAACUCUGA